AUGCGACGGAAAGCGACGAAAAGUCCUAGUGAAGAAUUAUCAUUGAGCAAUUGUGUUAUCAUACGUCCAGAGGAUUUAUCGUCAGAUAAAACUCCGUAUAUCCAAUUUUCAAGUGCACCUGGCAACGAAUUUAUUGUUGCUAUAAGAAAUUCUACUGCAAUUCCUACGGGUACGAUUGGUUUUAACUAUGCACAGAGAGAAUGGAGUAGAAUAUCAUUAAAUCAAGAUAUUGAACUACAACCAUAUCGAUUUAGCAAAUCAUCCCUAUUAGCACAAGUCACCUUUGAGGUCGAUUUCUUUAUUAAGAAAAAAGCAACUCCUGAAUCGUUAAAUACUGAUGAAAUAGCGAAGGAAUUUUCUAUCAAUUAUCCUUCUUUCCCUUUGACGAAAAAUCAAGUGCUCAAUAUCAGUUUUAAGAAGAAGCUUCUUUCAUUAAGAGUCAAGAAACUAAUAGUUGCUGACGUCUCGGCCUUGAAAUCAGACGGAGAUCGAAAAAAAAAUCCUUCAAGUCUAGAGGCCAAUAUUGGACUUACAAUGGCAAAUACAGAAUUUUCAUUUGAAAAAGUUCAGGAAUCGGUAAUAAAUUUGGUUGGUUCUAAGAAAAGUGGAGCAGGCUCGCAGGUCUCUAUCAUAAAUCCUGAUUGGAAUUUUAAGGAAAUGGGCAUCGGUGGUUUAAAUAAGGAAUUCUCCAAUAUUUUCAGGAGAGCAUUUGCGUCACGUGUGUUCCCUCCUGAUAUUGUGGAUCAGUUAGGUAUUAAACACGUAAGAGGAAUUCUGUUAUAUGGCCCUCCGGGCACCGGUAAAACCUUAAUGGCACGACAAAUUGGCAAGAUGUUAAACGCUCGAGAGCCACAAAUUGUUAACGGACCUGAAAUAUUGAAUAAAUACGUUGGAGAAUCGGAAGCUAACAUAAGAAAACUCUUUGCUGCUGCAGAAGAAGAACAAAAACGACUUGGACUGAAUAGCGGUCUACAUAUAAUCAUUUUCGAUGAAAUUGACGCUAUUUGCAAACAAAGAGGAACCGCUAGCGGGAGCACAGGCGUUGGCGACACCGUUGUUAACCAACUAUUAUCAAAGAUCGAUGGUGUAGAACAACUUAAUAACAUUCUCAUAAUUGGAAUGACUAACAGGAAGGAUUUGAUGGAUGAGGCUUUACUGCGACCAGGACGUCUGGAAGUUCAAAUGGAGAUUGGAUUACCCAAUAAAGAUGGAAGAGUAGAAAUUUUGAAAAUUCAUACGAACAAACUUACUGAAAAUGAUAAACUGGAUAGUAGUGUGGAUAUUCUCGAAUUAAGUAAAGCCACUAAAAAUUUUAGUGGUGCAGAGAUUGAAGGUUUAGUUCGCAGUGCUGUAUCAAUGGCGAUGAAUCGUUACGUAAAGGCAAAAUCAACCGUAGAAAUAGAUGAGGAUGCUCUUAACAAAUUAAAAAUAAGCAUGGAUGACUUUCGGAAUGCAUUGCUUUAUGAUAUCAAACCUUAUGGUCAAAGCUGUUAUGAAGAACUUCUUAUUUCCUAUAUUUUGCUUACAGGAAUCGUAAUGUGGGGAGAUCCAGUCAAGUACAUAUUAGAUAGCGGAAAGCUGUUUUGUGAACAGGUUGAAAGAGAUGUACACUCACGCACUCUCAAUGUUUUAUUAUCAGGAUCUACCGGAUCUGGUAAAACAGCUCUUGCUGUAAAGAUUGCACAACAAUCAGGAUUCCCAUUUGUCAAAAUUACUUCUAAGCACAAUAUCCCAAGACAUUCUGAUCAAGCAAAGGUCCAAGCUUUGGAUAAGCUUUUUGAAGAUGCAUACAAAUCAGAGCUUAGUUGCAUUAUAUUGGAUAAUUUGGAAGUUCUAUUAGAUUAUGCACCAAUCGGCCCUCGUUUCUGUAAUCCAGUAUUACAGAUAUUAAUCACAUUACUAGGAGAUACUCCGCCCAAAAACCAUCGAUUGCUUGUGAUUGCUACUACUGGAGAACUUGAGUUUAUAGAACUAGUAAGACUGGCGAAGCAAUUUCAUAUUGUUCACGUAGAAAAUCUAAGAACUAGUGAGCAGGUCAUGGCGGCUGUAAAGGUAAACAAAAUCAAUGUUACUAAAAUAUGA